GCAUAUAUUAAGGAGUCACAGCCUUCACUAGGUUUAGGGUUUUCUCAGCCGCUUCAAAGCUAUCAGCUACUUGUGCUUCCUCCUGCAAACUGCUCUUUGCUUUUGAUCUUCUCCUCCAUCAACAAACAUGGGAAAGACACGUGGAAUGGGAGCUGGGCGCAAGCUGAAGAGACUCCGUAUCAACCAGAGGUGGGCUGACAAACAGUACAAGAAGUCUCACCAGGGUAACGAAUGGAAGAAGCCUUUUGCUGGAUCUUCUCACGCUAAGGGAAUCGUUCUUGAGAAAAUCGGUAUUGAAGCUAAGCAGCCUAACUCUGCUAUCCGUAAGUGUGCUAGAGUUCAGCUCAUCAAGAAUGGAAAGAAGAUUGCUGCCUUUGUCCCCAAUGAUGGUUGUUUGAACUACAUUGAGGAAAACGAUGAGGUCUUGAUUGCCGGAUUUGGUCGUAAGGGUCAUGCUGUGGGAGAUAUUCCCGGAGUUAGGUUCAAGGUCGUGAAGGUUUCUGGUGUUUCACUCUUGGCCCUCUUCAAGGAAAAGAAGGAGAAGCCAAGGUCUUAAACAACUCAAAUGAAGCUUCAAACGUUCGAAAUGGAUUUUGAUUUUGAUAGUUUCAGUUAAAAUGUCUUUGUUCUGUUCUACUCUUAAGAUUCAAGAACUUAUGUCUUACAUUUUGAGUUCAUUUAGACAUAAUCGUUUUAUGUUAUGGUUUUUAAAUCAUUUUGCUCUUUUAA